GCCCCAUUCAUUUUCUUGAUCCUAACUUUUUUAACAACAAAUAUCUAUGACGAAAUAAGGGAACUGAUUGAAUUAACAAUUCUCUUAAAUCCAGAAAUUAUCUGUUGGAGGCAAAGAAGAAAAGAUUUUAUCUGCCUUUCGUAUUGUUAUCAGUGAAAAACCUAAAGAGGAUGUGGACAUGAACAAGUGCAUGAAUGCUGUUCGGCAUGUCUGGGAAUUGGAAAAGAAAAUUAAAUAUGCCUGCAGACGAGGGGACCCUCGGAAGGAGACCUUAGCAAAUGAGUUACAGAAGCAUGAGAUCACUUUAACCAAGUGCCUUGAGAAGCUCAUAUCAGUUGAGGCAAACAGAGCAGCCCUUGUUUCUCAGUUAAAAGCGGCACUGGAGGAACAGGAAUCUACUCUGGAGAAUGUUCGCACUCAGAUACAGGUGGCCCAAGGAACGCUGGAGGAAGCUGAGGACAUGCAAAGGCAGGUUCAUGAUGAACCAGUUGUGAUGUCAGCAAAGCUGCCACCUUCAGCAGAACCUCCAAAACCAAACUCAAAUUAUCCUGCACUUCAACCACAGAAUAAGGGUACUGCUGCAAUUGCUGCUGAGGUAGCCAACAAGUUUGCUGCUUCUACUCGUUCCCUGAAGAUAAAGACCUCUGUCCUCUCCGCGUUUGUUGCAGAAGAAGCGGAGAGUGCUUAUCUUGUUAGAUCAGCUGAUUCAAUUAACUCUGAACCACCAGCUAAGAAGAUGAAAUUGGAGAAUCCCAUGCCAGUUUCCAAUCCCAGUGCCACUGCGACAGCCUUUAUGCCUGUUCCACAAAUGGCUAUUUCAGCACCACAUCCACCUCAAACUGUUCUAGUGCAGCAAACUCCUAUACAAAACCAAACUAUGUCAUUCCAGCCCCAAUUCAAUCUCUAUCAAAGUUCCACAAUGCAGUACCUACAACCAUCUGAAGGAGUGAUGACUGGACUGCUGGACUCUUACAAUGCCCUACCUCCACCACCGUCGCCUCCGCCUCAGAUGAUGAACCUGACAAUGCCUGUGUCUUUGACACAUCAGCAGCAGCAGCCUGUAGCUUUGUUCCAACAGCCGCCGCCGCCGCCGCCUAUGUACCAGCCGCUGCCAAUAAAUCGACAGCCAACUAACCAGCCUGUGUCAAUAAAUCAGCAGCCAGCACAGUCCAGCAUUCGAAAACCAAUGGCACCUAGUUAUCGGCCACUGCUGCCACCCAGAAUGGCAUUUUACAAUCCUCAAACCCAGUAACAGGAUGUUGUUUCUCUUUUUCUAGCUCACAGUUUUCACUCAUUAUAGCUUACAGAGUUUUUACUCAUUAUAGGUGAACUUAUUAUAGCUGGGAAUUUUAAAUAUGGCAUCUUUAUACAAC